UCCCGGAAGUGAAAGUUGAGGGCUGGUGUGUGUGUCUGAAGGAAUCUGUCGGUAACAUUUUUUGUAGCGGGUGAUUGGAGGUUUAGAAAAUGGACACGUUAAAUAAACUGAAGCAGUUUGACGCUUAUCCUAAAACUCUGGAGGAUUUCCGAGUGAAGACGUGGGGAGGGGCGACUGUGACUAUAAUCAGUGGUGUCAUCAUGCUAAUCCUGUUUGUCUCUGAGUUGCAAUACUAUCUGACUAAAGAGGUCCAUCCUGAGCUGUACGUCGACACGUCACGGGGAGACAAACUCAAAAUCAACAUCGAUAUUAUUUUCCCUCACAUGCCGUGUGCCUAUCUUAGUAUAGAUGCAAUGGACGUGGCUGGUGAGCAGCAGCUGGACGUUGAACACAAUCUGUUCAAACAGCGGUUGGACAAAGAGCUCAAACCUGUCACCCAGGAGGCAGAAAAGCACGAGCUCGGUAAGGCUGAUGAUGGCGAAGUGUUUGAUCCCAGCACGCUGGACCCAGACAGAUGCGAGAGCUGCUACGGAGCUGAAACUGAAGAUCUCAAAUGCUGCAACACCUGUGAUGAUGUGCGCGAAGCGUAUCGGCGGCGAGGCUGGGCGUUCAAGAGUGCAGACACCAUCGAGCAAUGUAAAAGAGAGGGUUUCACUCAGAAGAUGCAGGAGCAGAAGAAUGAAGGCUGUCAGGUUUACGGCUUCCUGGAAGUCAACAAGGUGGCAGGAAAUUUCCACUUCGCUCCAGGAAAAAGUUUCCAGCAGUCUCAUGUCCACGUGCACGCUGUGGAAAUACACGACCUGCAGAGUUUUGGCUUGGACAAUAUAAACAUGACCCAUCUGAUAAAACACCUGUCGUUUGGUAAAGAUUACCCCGGUCUUGUUAACCCCCUGGAUGGGACUGAUGUCACAGCACCACAGGCAUCGAUGAUGUACCAGUAUUUUGUGAAAAUUGUUCCUACCAUCUACGUGAAAACUGACGGCGAGGUGGUAAAAACAAACCAGUUCUCAGUGACCAGGCACGAGAAAGUGGCCAACGGGCUAAUAGGAGACCAGGGGCUGCCAGGCGUCUUUGUUUUAUAUGAGCUGUCACCCAUGAUGGUUAAAUUCACAGAGAAACACAGGUCCUUUACACACUUCCUAACAGGAGUUUGUGCCAUUAUUGGAGGAGUAUUUACAGUGGCCGGUCUGAUCGACUCGCUCAUCUACCAUUCAGCUCGUGCCAUCCAGAAGAAGAUAGAGCUGGGGAAGACAUCCUAACAGCGCUCCCCAGUGGCCUCCACGGUGCAACACAGACCAAGACAAUGACAGAGCCAGAAGGACAGAGAGAAGAAGGGCAGAAAGGUGGAGGGAGAAGUUUGAAAGCAGGAGCACAGCUCUCCAUCUCUCUGUCUUCUCUUAGGUCGAGGGAGAGAAAUGCAGAGAGAGACAGAAGUUUUAAAUCGUCCAGGUUUUAAAUUUCUCUGCCUCUCUUUUUGUUCUUGAAAAAGUCUGGAGAGGAACUUGCGCGUUUUUGAAUUUUCCUCUCCACACAGGACAGAGACAGAAUCAGAGAUUGAUUUUUCUGUGAUUGAUUACAAGCACAGCAGCAGAUGCACACCCAGCCUCCGGGGGGAAAAAGGACCUGCGCACCGGUCCACUGUCAGAUCACUACACCGAAUGAUUGUUAGAGAAUCGUGGUUGACCCCAGUGUCUAGAGGAAUAAGAAAGACAGGCCAUCUAUCACUUAUUCACUUCAUGUAACCUGGACUCACUGAUGACAGUUUAUAAAAUUGAAGCUCCAGUAGGCCUUAAAAGUCACAAUCAUGUAAAAUACAGUUCGUGGUCUUGGUCUUCAAACUUUUUGAGAUUACAAACUCAUUAUUUUGGU